AUAUAUCGCCGAAACGAGCGAUAGUCUUCCUCCUCUCCACUCCAUCCCAGAAUGAUUUAGGGCUAAACCCAACCACCCUCACCGUCUCCCCAGUCCCGAAUCCCCAACCCAAUCUGGUGCUCCGCCCGUCCUCCUCUCCGCAGAUUUGGCGGAAUUGAUCUGCGAUUCCUUUCUCAUCCAGAUCGCGGUUCCUGGUUCACAUCUAGGCAACACUAUUGUGAUGUUUUUAUCAAUGCAUGUCACGAGCACCUGAUCCAGUUCAUGUCUGAAGUCGAGUUCACAUUUGUUCUAUUCCCCGGCAGACAAAUUUCAAUAUCUCAGCUUUGCUAGUAGAGAUAUCCAUGUCUGACAACCAAAGUCAUUCCAGCAACUAUGCGAUCCUUGCCACUCAGCCAGAUGUGCAAUGCCUAGUUUGCACAAGGCCUUUUACUCUGGAUACUGAGGUGACAGAUAGCUUUGAAGCUUUAGCCAUAUGCAGGGAGUGCAAGAUGACUGUGCUUAGUGACAACAACAACAGAGAUGGGACUACCAGCACUUAUCGAGAAAGAAGACGAAGAAGGCCAAGAUCCAGGGCCGCAAGGCAUGAACCCAUUGAGGACACUUUCUCACAGCAGUUCUCCCAGUUGAUCAACUUAGCUAGACAAGGUCAUGAAGCAGAUAUUGAUUCUCCGACAGUUCCGCGUCAACAGGCAUCUUAUAGUUCUACACCAAACCGAUCCCAAAGAUGGCAUGCUUCAGAUGAUGAGAGUGAUGGUCUCAAUUAUGUCGAUUCUGUGUUUGGUGAAAUUGAAUCGAACAUCAGUUUUGGUGACUAUGAUGGGGAAUCGGAUGCUUCUCUUGAUCAACACACCACGAUGGGCAGGGAGAUUAUCAUUCAGCUUGACAGUGAGAGCUACAUGAACACAGAUACAGAUAUUGAUCCCAUGAAUGCUGGAAUGGACCGGUGGGAUUCAGAUGACCAAGAAGAUGAUGAAGAUGAGCAAUCAGAAGAGUCUGAUUUUGAUGAAGCAGUUGACACCACGCAGCAGCGCCGGCAGCAAUGGCACAACAUUGCCCCAAGUGGACUGAACGAGCAGGAAACUGAAGACGUUGUAUGGGCUUGGAGAACAGCAGGAAGUCAUGGAGUAAACAUGACUAAUUUGAGGGAAGACACGGAAGGGCCAGAAAUCAGGAGAGUUUUUAUUGGUAAUCCUGGUGAUUAUGUUGAUGCAAGACAGUUCGAAAUGCUUCUUGAGCAAUUUGCUGAGGACAACAAUUCCAGAAGAGGAGCUCCACCUGCAGCGACAUCCUUUGUUGAAAAUCUUCCAUCUGUGGUUAUCUCCACAAGCCAUGAGACAAACGGUGGUGUGACCUGUCCAGUCUGCAAAGAUCACAUGCCUAUCAGAACCAUAGCAAAGCAGCUACCAUGCAUGCAUCUAUAUCAUUCAUCAUGCAUCUUGCCAUGGCUUAGUUCUAGGAAUACAUGUCCAGUCUGCCGAUAUGAGUUUCCUACAGAUGACCCAGAAUAUGAGAGGUCCAAGCAAGCCACAACCAACGAGAGAGGCAUCCAUGGGGUGGAUCAUGCACAUCCGCAGGAAACUGCUGAAGAAAUUUCUGAUGAACCUGAGGUUGAAGGAGCUUUUAAUACACAUGGUGGUACAAUGGAAGAGACGAAUACGAGUGAACAUGCUGUUCAUGCUGCACAGCAGCCAAAUGGAGCACGUGGGCAUCAUAGAUGGCUGUUUAUUGCUGCAGCUCCAGUUGUAUCCCUUGUCAGUUUAGCUCUAGUUUUGUGCUUCACCAACCCUGCUAGCAAUGUUACAAGGCAACUGUGCCGUAGAUCCCAGAGUACCACUGGUGCACAUGUAGACAGAAGAAGUUGGUGGUCAAUGUUUUAAGUAUCCAGUACAUAUUUACUGAUACCAAAUUGCCGAGUGAUGGCGUGUGAUUGUUGCCAGUGUUGUGUGUGAAAGGGUUCGAGUUAGAUUUGAAGUUCAAACUUUUGUGUUUGCUGACGUUAUCCAUUGAGGUGUUCUUGUAACCAAGUUCAGAAGCCUAUUUCUUCAACAGCUUUGCUCAAAGCAUGUACUGAUGUUUGCCGUUGUUUAUCUGUUACCUGUGUGAUUGUUUUCGUAUGUCUGGUUACUUAGCCUGUAACUGUAAGUCUGUAACUAACACUCUGCUUGAAACUUUAACCAUGCGUUCUUCAGUAAGUGUCUUAACAA